UCCUCAGGGACGGAGCGGCAGCCUCAGAGGAGCAGACUCCAGCAGAGUCCGGAGCAGAGCCAGAGCUUCCUGCACCCGCAGCCUUACAGCAGCCCACGCAACCACCCGUUCCCCCAGCACGCCGUCCCUUUCGCCAUGCGGCCCCACUACCCCCGCGCGCCCUCCGGACCCUACCCCUCUCUGGGCCACUACACCGGCUCCUCUCCGGUGGACGCCCAAACGCUGCGUUUCCUCACCAGCAGGCCCCUGACCUCCGGCUGCGGGUACCACCUCCCCGCAGAGGGCCCCGGGAGGCCCCACAGGAUCGGAGGUAACUGCAGGACUUCCUCCCACCACUACACGCCCCGCCGCUCCUGCCACAACUACCGCUCGUCCUGCCCGGCUCAGCGCAGCGCAUCCAGCUCCAGGCUGCACCACGCUGCCUCCGCCACGCCGCAGCCCCGCGGAGCGCCCGCCCACAGCCGGCAGGACGACGGCAGCUGCUCGGGCGGCAGCUACCACACGGAGCGCAGCGGGUACUUGGCCGACGGGCCGGCGAGCGACUCCAGCUCGGGGCCCUGCCACGGCUCCUCCAGCGACUCGGUGCUCAACUGCACUGACGUGUCCCUGCAGGGCGUCUACGGCAGCUGGUCCACCUUCCGCAGCUCUCUGAGCAGUGACUACGACCCGUUCGGUUGUUACGGGCCGGGUCCCGGGCGGGCCCCUCGCAGGAACAGCCUGGAGGCGGGGGCCCAGGCCCGGCCCCGGUCUCUGGACUCUGUGGUGAACAGAGCGGGCUGCCCCGAGGAGCAGCCGCAGACUGUGUUCAGCCACAUCCACUACCACCGCCACAGACACCACCACUACGAGGAGGGCGAGCACAGCCAGGGCCCCAGUCAGGGCCCCAGCCAGGGCCCGAGCCAGGGCCCCAGCCAGGGCCUGAGCCGCGGCUCCGACGAGGAGCAGGGGGCCGCCGCCGCUGCACCUGCUGCUCUGGACAAAGACUCACCUGUCUGCCCUCCUCAGCACAGCCCCUGCCAGUGCCCUAAGUUGGACCCCACAGACCGGCCCAGUCCCGGGGCGGAGUGUCAGGACCACGACCCCGGGAGCCCGCCAGGACCCGCCGUCCUCAUGUCCCCGAUCCCCUUACAGCUUCAGCCACACUGCUGCCACCAGGGACACACACACGCGCCCGCUCCUCUCGGGCGACACGGUGGCUGCGUGCUGGACGGCCCCUCCGUCCGCUUCCAUCAGAGUCUGGAUCUGCAGGACGACCGCAGCUUCCACAUCCACUACAGUCAGGGGCCCGGCUUCUGCUGCCCCCCUCCUGAGCUGCACCCCGCCCUGCUGCCCGUCCCCCUCAUCCUGGACUCUGGGGGGAUGGAGGAGUGGCCCUGCUACGCCGGGGCCCACGUUGUGUGGCAGAAGCGGGUGCAGCAGGCGCGCUCGGAGCCUCAGCUCUUGGGGCCGGGGGCCUCUAUGGACAGGCCGCCCUGCAGGUUCCACCACGGCCCCGCUGCCGAGCGCAACACGGACAUUUGUUUGUACUGCCAAACAUUACAUCACAAUCAGG